UGCAAAUAGUCUGAUCGACCCUUCUCUACCACCGUUCAGCAUGGACCACGUAUCUAGGGCAAUUCAGCAGCCCCGAGCGGUGGUCACUCGCCUCCAGCGUUACUGUUUCCGCCGCAAUUACCAUCUACGACCCUCCUCUUCUCGCGUUAUCCCUCCCUCCUCCCACCGCCUCGGACAACCUCGUCUUGCGGCGACCUUCAACACCUUCACUUCCAACCUCCCCAAAAUCGCCCCUUUGUAUCGGAUAGCUUUGCGCCACGCUUCGACGAUGGCGGACCCACAGUUUGCUGAGGGGACCAACCCCGAACAGGCGCGCCAGGGAUUGCAGUCGCUGCAGGAACAGGGAUGGGUCUUGGAUGAGGACGGACAGGGCGUGAAGAAGACGUACUAUUUCAAGUCGUACUUCAAGGCGGUGAGCUUUGUCAACGUGGUCGCAUCGCAGAGUUCAACCAAGAAGCACCAUCCAACCAUGACUGUGAGAAUCGGAUCGGUCGAUAUCCACUGGACUACCCACCAUCCCCGGGGCUUAAGUGAGAAGGACUUGGAAAUGGCGCAGCAUUGCGACGAGGCAGCGGAGCUGAUGGGGUCGGUGGAACAAGGGCAGGGGAAAAAGUGCGCUCCGGGUCGAGACUAAUCCCAUUGUUGGAUGAAAAUGGGGAUUGUGUGGCGUAAGGAGCUGAGGGAGAUUCAUGUUAAUAUUGAGUGUGAUUGUUUAGUAUUGAUUAGUGACUUGCCAGCGGAAUAUUCCCACCACAGCCAAUUUGACCAACAUGAUUGAU